AAUACGUUGGAACGUUACGCCACUUCCUGUGAAAAAGGAUUUGUUGUAUUUUCAUCUGUGGGCCAACUUUUCUCAAAAUUGCUUUGUGUUCUGCGAGUUUUCGCUUUCCCGCGUUUUCAUCCUCAAUCUAUUUGGAACAAAGAUCCAUUUUCACAGUUCUGGUAAGCUUUAAUUGGUUCCCGAAGGCAGCAAAAAUGUCUGCAGAAAUGGACCUGUCUCCCCCAGAAGUUCCUGAACCAACUUUUCUCGAGAGCCUCCUGCGCUAUGGCCUCUUUCUUGGUGCCAUCUUCCAGCUCAUCUGCAUCCUGGCAAUCAUUGUGCCCACCUCGAAAGGGCACGAAAAGGAGGAGACUGAAUCCACCAACGGCAAGGCAGCAGAUCAUGCGAAGAAGCCCAAAGGAGCAGUGCCUCAAAUUAGACCGAAAUCCAAGAAGGAGAGCAAAAAGAAGCGAUAGCUGUGCAUUGCCACGAAAUUGUGUGUUUCAUAUUUUAAUCCCUAUUGCUCUUCAAUGUCACUCCAAGUACAUGAGACACUGCAGUUACCAGUAUUGACAUUCUGUUUCGUCUGUGUCUACAACCACAGCUUUUGUCAUUUUUCAAUAACUGCCAUUCAUUUUUUUAAAUAAACUUUGCAAUUAAAUGCAUCGAGUGA